AUGAAUAAAAAACAUAAAAAACAUGAAAAACAUGAAAAGAAGAAAAAAUUUGGAAAACGGUACCACUCGGAUAUAGAAUCCUCCGAUAGCGAAAAAUCUGAAGCUAAAGUGCGAAAGACCAAUAAAAUGCGAUCGAUACCUAAUAUUAAACCAACGAAAAGACAAAAGCCCACUUUAAUCGACUUUGUUGAAGACGAAGAAAGAAAUAUUGGUAUAUUUCGAUAUAUUUAUAUAAUCAUGCCCGAAUUUAUUAUAUCACCUAAUGAUUAUGAAUUUAAAGUACUCAAUAAAAAAAAACGAACAAAAAGACGUCAAUCGGAACUAAUGAAAGGCCAAAAAGGCCGAAAGUUCAGUGUAAUUGACUUAGUUGACGAUGAUGAUGAUGAUCCGAUUCAACAGGAUGAGAGAGAUAAUGAUCAAACCAAUAUGUUAUUAAUCGUUCUAGGAGCAGGUCGAAGAAUUGAGUCGGUUGAUCCAGAAAAUAACGAAAGAUCAUCAAAAGAAUAUGGAGUUGCCAGAUCAUCAAAAAGUGCUCUGCCUCCAUCCUCAUCGUCAUCGUCAUCAUCAUCGUCAUCCUCAUCCCCAUCUCCAUCUCCAUCUCAAUCCCCAUCCUCCUCAUUUUCAUCCUCAAAUUCAUCAUUUCUUCAUUACGAGAAAAUGGAUCGGGAUCUAAAGACUGCUUUAAGACUACGCUCUUUUUUACGAAAUUAUGUCGAUAAUGCGGCAUCAAAUGCUCAACGUGUAAGAAAACGGGUGUAUGAUACUGAAUACGCUCCUAAUGAGUACAGUGCACCCGUUAAUGCCCCCAAAUGGGCAAAAGUUGGUUACAAAGGAUUAUUGAAACAUUUAGUGAAAAAAUAUAGUGCUAAUCGCGAAGAGGUAGAGGAUGAUAAAAGCCAGGAAGAUGAUGAUGCAACCGGCGGAGAAAAGAACGAAGAUCAGGAAAAAGAGCAGGAUGAAGAAGUGGACAAUAGGAAAAAAAGGAAAAAGAGAAGUAUAAGUCUUGUUUCAGAAGAAUACGAUAGUAGUGAUAGUAGUAAAUCGAAUAAAUUGAGAAAUAAUUCUUAUAGUUUUUCAGAAGAAGAACAUAGUGAUGAAGAAUAUUUAUCAGGUGAAAGAGGUGAAGGCGAAGGAAGCAAAGAUUAUGAAAAUCCUGGUGGCAAAUGGUUCUUUCAUAUUUUUCAAUUUCAGCGGUUCUUUCGGUCUCUUUGGAGUUUAGACUUGGGAUCUCGCUUUCUAGCAAUAAAGAGAAGAACGGCUCUUUUUAGAUACAUGGUCGGGAAAGGAGAUUCAAAUAAAAAAGUUACUUUAAAAUGUUUAUAUAAUUCACAAGAAUCUAUUAAUUUUUUAAUAAGUGAGGCUAACAAAUAUCCAACAGAAUUACGCAUACGUGUAUAA